AUGCAGACCGAAACUUCGCAGACGAAUGAAGCUCAACAGCUUCAAGCAGCGGCAUCAACUCAGGUCUACAAUCCUGCCUUAGAUGAAGUCCUGAACCAACUUGAUGAAGAGGACGAGCUGGCAUCGCACGGAGUUACGGACGACAUGGACUACAAGAAAGACCAAGGGGAAGAUGUCGUGGAGACGGGAGAUGCGAGCGCAGAAGACGAACCGAACGCACACCGAAAACGCAAGAAGAAGUUGAAUCAAAACCUAGUCCACCACAGCGCUGACGAAGACGAAGUUGUUGCAGGAAGUUUUCUAGAGGGCUUCACCACAUUUUUGGAGUCCUGGGACCUCUUCGACAAAGUAUUUGCCGCCUUUCAGAAGCAAACAUUUCAGUUGUUCUCACGUCGUACAAAUACGUCGGUGAAGGCACGAAACCGCAAGAUUGCGUCCGAGCAAGCCAAGCAAAGAAGAAUGCAGUAUCGUGGAAGGCGGGAGGAAUUCGGACAAGCGCUCGCGUACUGGCGGAACACUUCUUCCUGA